GUUUUACAGUGAAUCAGCCACCAGGUACAAACAAAACGCUGUGAUCUGACAUAGUUCUAACAUUUCAUGUACUUACAGUCUCCUGCGUGAGACUGUCGUUUUGUCUGGUACGCGACUGUCAAGACGGGCCGUCAGAACGGACGUCGAACUCUUGUUAAGAUAAGACAGUAAUUGGGCGUACCGAUGACAGUCGCCUUGUCGCCUCGUUUAAUUGUAAUGUUGCUUAUCUUGUACUGCUACUUUGAAUAACAAUUGUUGUUAUCGUGGUCUGGGACGGCACUGAGCUUACAUAUAGGACUCCCCCGUGUGGAGAGGAGUCAGUCAGGAAUGAAGCCUCCCAGAAUGCUGGUCGUGUGUUGUACAGUGCUGAUAACAGAAUAUGCCGAUGAAUGGCACAUUGCACGACUCACUUCGUCAGUCAGUCAAAGCCCUUUUUCUGCUGCCAAUCAAGUUUCACGCGAGCGGUCGCGACGGCACGCCAACCCAAUCGGUGCGUCCGCCGAACGAUCACUCUCUCCACACGGCCGUGAGCGGACGGGACCAACGACUCUCUACAAGCCACACGCUUUUAGCAUGUCCCUGCUCAAUGCUGCGACGUUGUACAUGCUCGUGACUGUGACGCUCGUGAACCAUGAAGGCACCGAUGCCAAAGCCAUCAAAAGUUUCGCGGGUCCAUGGAUAGUUUACGCAGAUCGUUUCUCCGUGUGUGAAAACGAGGGUGAUUGGAAAUGGAAUUUACGAGUUACGCACUUCAACCCGCAGAAACCAAACGAUUUGCAGCUCAUUUCCGGAAAUCUUACUGUAUCAAGAUCGGUAAAUGAUAGUAGCUGGGCGAGAGCAAACCUGGCUGUUCGGAAUAAUAACCAAUGGAAACAAAACGCAUUUAUCUUUGAGUUCAAAGAUAAAGCAUGCUCACUGGUUACAGUACAUAUCCCCGGAUUUUAUCGCACAUUUUUCGGAAAAGUCAGAGACCCUUGCGUCCUUCGCGCUGGUCUAUACGAGGUCGACCGCGAACCAAUAGAUUGGACGUUUCCAAAAGUUCCAAUCAUGCCGUAUGGACAUUACCUAUUUAAAUUAAGAUUCGGUUAUGAGAAAGAUACGGUAGCGUGCGUGCUGGCAGAAUGUCAUGUUGUUCCGAAACAAUAACAAGGCAAAUCUAGAACCCCGGGAUUCCCAGGUUCUAGAUCUGCCAUAAAUACGCCACUAUUGACACUCGUUUAUAAAAAUGUGAUUUAAAUGAAUUGAU